UUGACCUCUUCUGUCAGUUGACAGCUGGGGAUCGGAAAUAAAAAAAAUAAGUUUUAUUUUGAAUAAAAAAUGGGUAUAACUGAAGAUGUAACAUUACCUACUGAAGAAGACUUAACAGUCCAAGAAGUUCCUUUAUCCGGACCAGCAUUGAAAGCAGGUGCAUUUCAUUUAGGAAAAGCCUGCGAAUUUGAAAAUAAUGAGUUUGUAUUAUGUAGGACAGAAUUAAAAGAUCCGAGAGCGUGCAUUAAUGAAGGAAAGGCAGUAACAAAUUGUGCUUUAAAUUUUUUUAGGAAAAUAAAGAAAACUUGUGCUGGUGAAUUUACGCAGUAUGUCAAUUGUCUGGAUAAAUCUAGCCCAGAUCAACAGUUUACACCAUGCCGUAAAACACAAGCUGUCUUUGAUAAAUGCAUUAAAGAUAAUUUAGGAUUAGAUCGACCACCAUAUGACUAUUUUGCUCGUGCUCAUGUGCACAAAACAGCAAGACCUAGGCCUCCAGUAGAGGGACCUACUGUCUACGAGGAUGCUACACCUGGUCUACCUCCACCAGAUGAUACACCACGGCCAGAAGCUAAAUAUGGAUCCCGUUACAUUUUCCUGUGGUAGACAUCACUGUCAUAUUUUCAUUUUAUGCAGUAUAAAUUGGGGUAGUUCAGCUAUGUUAUUAGCUAUUAUUGUAAAUAAAUAUUAAUAUAAGAUA